UACUGGGUCCGGAGUGAGGCGGGUACUGGGGGUUAGACUCCCAGCGGGAGGGCCUGUGGGUAAGGGUAAAGGGUGUGGCUCAACUUCUCCCUCUCCCCUACAUGACCCUUUUCAGAGGUCUGGUUUCAUUUUCUCACCCAUCAUUUAAAAUAAUUGAUUGCAGCAGAGGAGGCAUUUUGCUGCGUGUUGGGAACUAAGCAGGCAGGAAUUCCCAGCCCUGGAGCUGACAUUCCAGUGGGAGGCCACCUUCAGUUUCACUUGGUGACCUUUCACAGCACUGACCACGUGGGCCCUAUUCCUCCCCUGCUUGCUUGCCUUUCUUUCUUUCUCUUUCUUUCUUUCCUUCUCUCUCUCUCUCUCUUUCUUUCUCUUUCUUGACAAGGUCUCACUGUCACCCAGGCUGGAGUGCAGUGGCAACACCUCAGGUCUUUUCAACCUCCACCUGCCUCAGUCCCGAGUAGCUGGGAUUAUAGGCGCCCGACACCAAGCCCGGGUAACUUUUCUAUUUUUGUAGAGAUGGGGUUUCACGGCAUCACGUUUGCUUGAACUCCUGACUUCAGGUGAACCUCCCGCCUUGGCCUCCCAAAGUGCUGGGAUUACAGGCAUGAGCCACCUCGGCAGCCUCUCCCCUGCUUUCAAGAUGCCAGGUUCUCCGGGGUCUCCUCCCUUACUCCCUCCUCCUUCUCCAUUUCCCUGGCAAGUUUCCUCCCCUUUCCCCAUUCAGUGUGUGUUGGGAUGGGGGCGGAAUCCUGUCUGCACUCACUUCCUUGGUGAUCUCACCCAGGCUUGGCUUUCAAUACCAUCCAUAAGCCAUCAAGCCCCAAAUUUACAUUUCUAGACCAGCCUUAUCCCUUGAACUCCUAAAUGCAGUGAGGUCAUUCAGCAUCUCCACAGGGAGAUUAUCAGGCAUUUCCAACUCCCCGUGUCCAAACCUCGGCACUUUCCCCGAAAACCCACUUCCCCUCCUUUCUUCUCUGCCAAUGGACGCUCCAUCUUCUCAGCGUUUCGGGCCAGAAGGCUCGGCUGUCCUGGAUCCCUCUCAAACACCCACAUCCACUUCAUCAGUAAAUGUUGUUGGCCCUACCUUCAAAAUAUUUCCAGAUCUCCCUAGCCAGCACACCCUGGGCCACCUGUCAUUCCCACUGGGACCAGCACAGCAGCCUCCCUGGUCUCUCUGACCCUCCCCCUGAGUUAGUUCACCAAAGGCAACAACACAGACACCCCCUCAACACGCACAGGAAGUAGAUGGCCUUGACACCAGCAGGGUGACAUCCGCUAUUGCUACUUCUCUGCUCCCUCACGGUUCCUCGGGACUUCUCUGGACCACAAUCCUCUGCCAGACCUCUGCCAGACCCCAGCCCACCAUGGUCCUUCUGGGUCACAUCCUCUUCCUGCUUUUGCUCCCAGUGGCUGCAGCUCAAACGACCCCAGGUGAGAGAUCACUCCUUGACUUUUACCCCGGCACUUCAGGCUCCUGUUCCGGAUGUGGGCCCCUCUCUCUGCCGCUCCUGGCAGGCCUCGUGGCGGCUGAUGCGGUGGUAUCACUGCUCAUCGUCGGGGCGGUGUUCCUGUGCGCCCGCCCACGCCGCAGCCCCGCCCAAGAUGGCAAAGUCUACAUCAACAUGCCGGGCAGGGGCUGACCCCCCUGCAGCUUGGACCUUUGCUUCUGACCCUCUCAUCCUGAAUGGUGUGUGGUGGCACAGGAACCUCCCGCCCAACUUUUGGGUUGAAAUAAAGCAAUUGAAAUACC